AACCAAUAGAUAACUAACCAUCGGUGCUUGUCGACAUACCUUAACUCCAUGAACAAGCUUUUUUCUUUUGCAUCCAUAGUAGAAACAGAGUCUAUUCCUAGUAGCUUCCAUGGCUUUUGAAAAUUAUGUUCAGCCUUCAAUCCUUCAUUUUGAUGGUCAUCACUACGACCAUUGGAGUAUGUUGAUGGAGAAUUUUCUUCGGUCCAAAGAGUGUUGGAUAGUUGUUGAAGCUGGAGUUCCAGAACCAACAGCAAGUGCAGAUGCUGCACAGAGGGCAGAAAUUGAGAAGGAAAAGUUGAAGGAUCUCAAGGCUAAGAACUAUUUGUUCCAAGCCAUAGAUCAAGCUAUCUUGGAAACAAUUCUUAACAAGUCUACUUCCAAGACUAUUUGGGAUUCUAUGAAGAAGAAGUAGCACAGGAAUGAAAGAGCAAAGCGGCA